AUGUUCCCCGAAGAAAAGGUUCGCAACGAGGUUGCCAUGAUCCGAUAUAUUCAAGACCACACUUCCAUCCCCGUUCCCUUUAUCCUACACUGGGGGACGAAAGAGGAGAGCCCGCUCCAGAUUGGCCCGUUCAUCAUCAUGGAGUGGAUAAAUCAUGAAAUGGAUAUGGGCGCGGCUCUCAACACUCCAGGCUUCAGUCGGAAUGACCGCCCAGUGCUGGAUCCGAAUAUUGAGACCGAGAGGUUGGAGGAACUGUAUCGCCAAUUUGCCAACAUCAUCCUUCAGCUGUCACGGCUUGAAUUUCCUGCUAUUGGAUCGCUCGAGCAAAACGAGGACCAAGACUCGUGGGCAGUCACGAAGCGCCCGCUCUCCACAUACAUGAACGAACUGGUGCGAGUUGGGUCAUUGCCGAGAGACAAGCUUCCAGGAUCUACCUACUCAUCAACCAGGGAAUACUUGUCUGCUUUGUCGAAGCUGCAUAUCGACCAUUUCGCAAGUCAGAGAACCGAUUCAUUUGACUCACGUAGUGACUGCAAGAGGAAAUUUCUCGCGCGUCAGCUGUUCCAUAAGCUCGCGAAUGAUGGACGGCUUUUGUCGGCCAAAGAUGAAUGGGGGCCGUCCCGACUCUUUUUUGACGAUCUAAGAUAUGGAAACAUUUUGCUGGAUGCAAAUCUGCAAGUUGUUGGCGUCGUUGAUUGGGAGUUCUGCUACGUCGGGCCGGCAGGGUUCGUCUCGGAGCCUCCUUGGUGGCUUCUCCUUGAAAAGCCGGAGUACUGGGCUGAUGGGAUAGAGGAAUGGAUAAGAAUGUUCGACGAUCGCUUGCAGAUAUUUCUCAAGGUCAUGGAAGAAUGUGAGGCGCGCAGUCGGGAGUGUCUGGAAAUGACGGGACGCUUGCAAGUCGUAUGCGCGACAGCUGGCAGAGCGAAUUUCGCCUUUGACUAUAUAUUCUGGCAUAAAAUUGAUCCCAAAUUUUUCGGAGAUGGUGAGUUCCGCGAAGAAGCUUGGCAGGACCGAUUGGCGUUGCUCGAUGAAGAAACCCGUCACAGUAUGGAGCAGUUUGUCGACGCGAAGCUCAAAGCAUGCGAGACAAGGGAGCUUGUGUGGGAGCCUGAUGAAUGA